UUCAAAAUUUAAAAUUUAGUGUUGUAGUUUGAAACCUCUUGUGUGAAGUAUGCACCGAUCGAUUCAGUGGAUGUAAAGAGUCGUUUUCUGUGUAUAAAAAUAUUCCGCCGGACAAUAUGGAGUCAGUGUCACUCAUGCACAUCUAGAGAAAUACAAGUUAUUCUGUAUGGUCGAUGACGAUAAUGAAAUCUAUAAUGGCGAAGAAGCGGGGGUCGUAUGUUGUAAGAUCAGAUGACCUGAGAAGCCAUGUGCAAAGCAUCGGAUGAUUCAUUCCUGCAUUAGUCCAACACUUCAGUCUCGAACUGGCAGAUCACGAUAAUACGUCGACACUCGACACGUGGCCGGAGUGCGCGCUGAUAACGGGGGAACGAUCUCGGACUACGACUCUGCAGUGGGCGGGAGUCGCGAGGAGACCAAAAACAAAAAUUGCCGACCAGAUACCGCGUACGAUGAAUCACCGUACAGACGGCGGUACCUUAACGCUCAUAUAUAUCCACUACGACGUCUGCUAGCUAUAUAUAUAAUAAUAAUAAUAUAUAACGCACUGUAUAGCUACAGCGUGUGCGGACGGGCAUAUAUUACCCGAUGCGCGAUAUUCGUUGUACACGUCUUCGUUAUUUCGUUCGGCCGCGGUUUCGGAAACAACAAUUUCGGAUGCCCUCGAACCGGACAGCCGAGACCGAGUGAAAGUCACUUUCACACGUCUCCGGGUGUCCCCCGCACGCGCGCUCGCAGAACCGACUGGCGCGACGACGGUUCAGUAGCCACCGGACAGCGAUCAUGCCAACAAGCCGCUUCCCGACAUGCCGUCUUUGAACCGAUUGAUUUUGCUGGCGCUCGCGUCGAUAGCGUUGGUCGCCUCCGCGGUCGGCGCGACAUUGACGCCCAGAGCUCCAAACUUUCAAUACUUCGAAAGACCUAAGUAUAGAUAUCCGUAUUACGAUGAACAUGGCCGAGGCCGGCUUUUGUACGGUUACGGUGGACCGGACUUGUACCAAUACAAAUCCUAUUCGCCGUUGGAGGGCAUUCAUUGACACCUGCAUUGAAUCAACUCACCACUGCGCCGUCACCGUCACAGUCAUCACCACGGCACAGUGAUGGCGGUCUUUUCGUUUCACCCGCCGUUCAGACGUGUCCCAGUAGUUUUCGGUGUUUUAAUAAUAAGCGUGUACAUUUUUGUAAACACACAAUAUCAUUAGACAAAGAAUAGUAUUUUUUUAAACUAAAUUUAAAAAAAAAACAAAUUAAAAAAAAAAAUCCUUUUAAAUUUAAUUUAUUAAUAAUAAUAAUAAUGUCGGAUUAUAUAAAAUUAGAAUAUUAUAACUAAGAGAAAUCCUCUGAUGAGGCUCGCUGGUGGUUCGAAUGUUACCAAAAACUGGCGGCAGACGCGUUUGCAUUCUUUUACGAAUUUAAUAUAACUAUAAAAAAAAAAGUCGAUGCGAAAGGUUUUAAAAAAUAUCGCAAACAUCGAUUUUAGAAAUUCGUAAACGAAUAGCCUAAUAGAAAAAAUAACGGUCUGCUGUCCGGUUAUAACUUAAUAAGUAGAAUCGUAAAAUAUGUUAAAUUUUAAGCAAAAUAAAUAAAACGACGAUUAUCGUAAAUUAUCGGUUUUCGUUUUCGUUUUUUUUUUUUAUCUAUAUUAUAAUGUACUCUCCCUUUAUAUUUUAAUAAAUAUAAAUACCUAUAUGUAUGAAUAAUUUUAAAACUUAAAUAUACCUAUACAUAUGUUUAUCUCUUAACAGUCUUAACGCGUACAUAUUAUAUAUAAAUAUACUAUAUACAUGCGGUAUAUAUACGUCGAUACUAUUAAAAUGUUAGCUUAAGAGAUUUUGUAAGAGAUCAUUUUAAAUACCUAUAUAAUAUACUAUGUUAGCAGUAAAUAAAAUGUGUAUAAUUCACCGAGAGACGUCUAAACGGCUUCGAAAUCAAAAAUACCGCCACAACGCAACCCCACACGCAGUCAUACACUAUACAUGCCCACACUACACACACUUAUGAUAAUAUUAUUAUUGUUCUAAACUUGAUCACAAAAAUAAUAUAAAAUAUGUAAUAUUAUGUAUAUGAGGUAAAAUGUCAAUUGUUAAUUUUAUUAAUAUUAAAAAAGAAAAUGUUUUUUAUUUUAUUUUUCAGUUUUCUUGAAAUAAGAAAAAAUAAUUAAACGUUGUUAAACCUAUCAAUUUAUUCUAUGAAUAGUUGCAUUGCGUGUUAUAUUAUUGUAAUUAUUCUAAGAAAAAAAUGUUUGUGUAAAAAUAUAUAAAUAUAUUAUAUAAUAUACAAUUUGUUGCAGUUUACAAAAAAAAAAAAAAAAUGAUGUUUUUAUUUCAAUUUAAUAUUGAUAAGUCGAAUACUAUUAUAACUUAACUGAUACUACCAUCAUAUUAUAUUAUUAUAUGCUUAUAAAAUACAAUAAUAAAACUAUGAAAGUAACUUUUGAUAAAUAAAUGGACUGUAAAACUCAAAUGGAAAA